GUUCAUGUCAUCGUGCACGUCAUUGCGCUUGGCCGGCUAGCAGAUUGAGCGGAGCGGUGGUUAGGUGGGUUACACAGGGGCUAGGGGAGCCUGCGCUUCGCUUGGUGGUGAUACGGCGCGGAGGUGGAAGACGUAGCGGGCGCAACAGAAGCGGGCCUGCGGAGGACGAAAGGAACUGCCCGCGGCUCUAAUCCCAAAGAGACGAGCAACGCUUGCAUCGAUGCCUAAUGCGUCCGUUUGAGGGGCAGCAGAUGUCACGAAGCAGAUGCUACGAAGUUCUUAGCUCUAGCAAAUCGAAGUAAAUAUACUCCCGAGCGGGAACGACAACUAGUUGGAGCGCGCCAGCGCGGACGCGAUUUGUCGUGAAAGCGUGCCUGCCUGGCGCUGGGCCAGAAUCCGACCAUCGAAGCAGAAGGCUGCGGCAGGACUCCCACUGUCACAGUAUUCAAGAGAAGCAUGCACAAGCACGCUGCAAGAUCCUUUGCCUGCUGAAUCAGACUUGGUUAUAGCCCAGCCCUCAGAAUCGUUCUUGAAGAACGCAACUUCGUACAUAUGGCGAGCGCACAGCGCCCGCGUACACGCUCUCUAUGUCCUCCUAGUGAAGGCACGCCUACUGGCGGCCAGCCAAACGACGCGGACGUCGAGGAAUGCUGGAUUUGCUUGAGCUCAGAGGGCGCGCUGGUAAAGCCCUGUGCUUGCCCAAGAUUCUGUCACAGAGAAUGCCUCGCCCAGUGGCAGCUGGUGCAAUAUGGGCGAAGGGAGGAGAACUACUGUCGCUUCUGCAGCAACCGGCUUCCGGCGCUUUGGAAGCCAGACCCUGAGCAAAGCUCGCCGCAGGAGGAGCUGAAGGUCGCGCCAGUCAUGGCCGUCCGGUACAACGGACCGGAGGGUGUGCGUGAGUUCAAGCUGCGGGUGAAGCCAGGGCCCGAGGGCCUGGCGAUGUUCAAGGCGCACCUGCGCGAUGUGCUGGGCUUCGACGUGGGGCCCGAGUUUGACGUCACCUUCGAGUGCCUCAUGCCCGCCACUGGCUCGCUGGUGACACUUUCCGGCCUCAACGCCUACGGCGCCGCCACGCACUGCGCCGCGCUCCUCGCUGCCGGCAAGUCCAGCCCCUCCACCCCCACCGCGGCAGCAGCAGCAGCAGCGGCCGCGGCCGCGGGCGCCUCCGGCCCCUCCUCCGCCGAUGCGACAACAGCGCCCGCGCCUCUCCCCGCGCCCGCGCCCCGCGCCACCUCUCCCGCCGCGCCCUUGUCGCCCGUGGCGAUGCCGUCUACGCCGCAGCAGCCCGCGCCCGAGCCGGCGCGGCGCCUGGCCGCGCCGCUCAGCAGCCGGCGCAUGUGCCACUCCGGGUACGUGCCUACCACGCCCGUGGCAGCCGCCCAGCCGCUGCGGCCCGCCCUGCCCACUCCGGCGCACCAGCCCACGGCCGCAGCCGGCUUCUCCAGCGGCACCACUCGGCCCGCCACCACUUCGUCAGCGGCUGCAGGCGGCCCCACCGCCGCCUCUGCCUACCCGCUCGCGCGCCAGGCGCAGCCGCACACACGACUGCUGACGGCGCCGCAGCCGUGCCCGGCCGCGGCCGCAGACCGGCCUCGCCUGGGCCGCGUCGCGUCCGACUGCGCGCUCACCAGCUCGCGCGGCACCAGCAGCAGCGGCAGCGGUACGCUUGACACCACGCCCGCGUGCGGCCGCGUCACGGCGACGGCGCACUCGCGGCGCGGCGCCUGGGACGUCUCGCAGCGGUCGCUGCACGCCUCCGGCGGCAGCGGCGCGGACGACGAGGAGGAGGAUGAGAUCCUGAGUGAGCUGCAGGCGCGCCGGUUGGGCGGGCUGGGCCGCUCCCCUGGCACCUCGUGCCUCUCGCCCGCGUCCGCCCUUCCGGUCAGCGCCGUCGAUGCGCUGGAGGCCUCAGUCGCGACGGCGGCUGUGAAGGCUGUGGCGGCGGCGUCACUAGCGCCCCUACACUGCGGCACCGCCACUCCUUGGCGGCGUGCCAGCAUCGAUGUGGCGUCCGGGCCCGGCUCGCCGAGCAACUCGCCGCACGCGUCGCUGCAGGCGCCGCAGCUGGUGCGUGCGGUGGGCUACACGGCGGCUGCGCCGGUGUGCACCGCGCCCCUCGGCUGUGGCAACACUGCGAUGUCUCCCUUCGCCAACGCGGCUGGACUGCCCUUCCGCGCCCACCCCGCCUCUGGAACCGGCAGCCCAGCGAAGUGCAUGCUGCCGGCGUCGCCCAUUGCCGUGAGCCGCGCGGCCUCGUCCGUGCGUCGCUCCUCGAUCGAAAGCAGCCUUGCCGGCGGCGCCGCCACCUUCAGCUCAGGCUCCCUGCCGGCGGCGCCGUGCAGUGGUGUCAGCGUCAUGAGUGGGCAGGAGCGGCCGCCGCUGGCGUCAGCCCGCAGCGGCCGCGUCAGCGGCAAUGCUGGCACCGAGGCGGGCUCGGCGGUGUCCCCGGUGCGCCCGGCCGCGGCUGCGGCGGUGCCGCAGGUCCCUGUGGGCGGUGUGCGGGGCAACGCCGGUCCGAGGGCUACGGGCGCCGCGUCGCCUGCGCGCGUGCGGCUGCCGGAUGUCAUCAAGAUCACGGCACGGCGCACUGUGGACUGCCUGCUGCGCGUGCUGCGUCACGGCGGGGCGCAGGCGCAGCAGCAGCAUUAGAGCCAGCAGCUGCGGUUGCACGCCGCAGCCCGUGUGCGGGAGUGCACGCAUGCGGUUCGUGCGUUCGUGCAUUCGUCAUCCUUGUCAAGGGGGUAAGGCCGGCGCCCACUGUUUUUGAUGGCGCGGCGGGGGCGGGGGAUGUGUCAUUUAUCAUUUGCACUGCUUAAGGGUCGGAAGCAACGCCACGGAACCUCGGAGCAGCGAUGGAGAUGUUCUAAGCAUCCAUGAUUGGAUACGGUCGGCAUAAAGUUUUGAACGCCUGCGGGCUGAUGCUUGACCGGCCUGAUAGUGUUGCGGGAUUUAUGUGUUACGGAAAGAUAGCAAGGCCCGGAGUUGGCAAGAGGGCCGUUUUUGUUACGUAGCCCGCGGUUAGCAAGCGCAGUAGUCGGAGUCAAUGCAAGAAGCCACGACUGGCUUUAUGAGCGUGACGGCAGACCUGCGAAGAUUGUACACUGUACUGCCUGGGUUAUGGGUGCCGGUUGUGUGAUGGGCGCAAGGACAAGGGGGGCUGGUCAUUACGUGGGAGCGAGUGCGCAGCUGCCUGGUGCAGAGCGAAAUUGUAUGGAAGUUUUUAUCUUGAUUUUACGUUGUGAUUACGCGUGCCGUGUUGGGUCCGUUGCACGUAUCUCUGCCUUUUGAUCAAUUGGCACAGUAAGCAUAUUAUUACUUACGCCGCAUCACGGAUGGUGCGUGCUUGUCACGCACCAUGCGAUGCGUGAUGGUUUCCUGUUGGUGGGACCGGAUAAAGACUUCUUUGGAUGGCGCACGCGCAACACUACGUGGUGUCAUGAAUUUGAGGCGGUGCAGUGUAACCCCUUGGUGCUAGGCUCAGUUGGUGGUAAGCUGUGUGCGGGCCCCAGGCACUUUCUCCGCCCGGCAGCAACGCUUUGCAGGUGGGCCCCAGCGCAUGUCAUGCACUUUGCAUGUGCACAGACCGGGCUUCAUCGUGACACAUUGCACUGCAUUUUGUUGACCGCAGCAACGUCUCAGUUACAUAAGUGAGGGCAACGCAAUAGACUUUUGAGCGUUGCCAAAGAGUGCGAAUGGGCGCAUGAAACUGCAGCAGGGAAGAAUUGAAGGAUAGCUUGAUGCGCGAAGAGCUAAUCUGUUAAUGGUGGUGUGCGACUGGGCCACUGUCCACCUGGCGGCGCUGUUGGGCCAGGCAGGGCUGGGGCGUACCGUGAACACUUCGAGUGAGUGACUUGGCCAUGACCGUUGAGCAGCCACGCGUGACGCUUGGAUGUGGACAGAGUGUACACCGUUAGGUGAUGGUGCUGCCUGAUUAUUUUGCUGGGUUCAUACACAUGCACAUAGGCAUUGGAGUGUGGAGCGAGCAUAAAAGCUGUUGGAGCGAGCAUUGCAAAAUUGGCCCUCGGUGAGGGUGCUGCACGGGACUGCUGUAAACUCAUGCUCCCUGUCUGCGGCCCCUGCAUCGGCAUGUUCGGUUCUGGAAGUUCCGUGCGGUGGAUUCCGGCAGCUUGACCACACAGCGCCAGUUCACGUGCGCACGGGCAAUGAAGGGCAACAAAGCACCGGCUUUGGCGGCGGGAGCCAUUAAUUGGUCGCAGCGUGCUAGCACGCUCGAGUUGUCCCAGGUUGUCCCUUCUUGUAAAACCACAAUCAC